UUUUGGCACAUUUGCUUGUGUUUUUUUUUCUUCUUUUUUCAAUCGUGUAUUUACAUGUGUGUUGUCGCUUACCAAGCUCCCACAAAGUCGACAGUUAGCCCGCUAACGCACAAACUGGCAAACGACUGACUGUGCUAACUGGCAGCCUCGGUGAGGCAGGGGAGGAGGGCCACCAUCCCCCGCACCUUCAUCCCACCAGCCGAGUAAACAUGAGCAAAUUAGUGGAUCUAAAACAAUCAUGCAACGAGGUGGUUCUGUUUUCUCAUCUCAUCCACAUGUAAGUGUAGUUGACGGCCUAAGUUAGCUAGCAGGGGCAGCGAAGUGGACCCCUUUGGUUGUUGUCAUUGGGAUAUCUUGGCUGUAAUGUUAAGAGGGGGCACUGCCAGCGUGAACCUUGGCAGCCUUUGGAGAGCCAUAAAGCAAAGUGUAGCGUUACAUAGCACGUCGGUGAAUGCACAUUUUGUAAAGCCUGCGGAGGAAAUGACAGGCUGGAUCGCCAGGAAAGUCAAGCUUGUUGACCAGCUAGCCCCGGCUAACGCUAGCUGUGGUGGGGGAUUAGCCCUCACAAGGCCCUGUCACUCCACUGCCUCUUGAUGGUAGCCUCCCUGGCCUGCAUACACACAUACACAUACACACAUACACACACACACACACCGAGCCGUGCAGUCGCUCCCUUUGGAAACCUAUGGCUAAUGGCUAAACAUCUCCAGCUAGCACCAGCGAGCAUCCCAUGCAUCCGACGCUGUGGUGUCAUCCCCAACUAAGAUGAAUAACAACCAAGAACAGGUUUUUUUUUUUUUUUUUUUUUUUUUUACUCUCAUGUUUGAUCUUCUGGCAACAGCCUCUUGUGUUGCAUGCAAACCCAGUUUUAUCUGUUAGACGCAAACUUUGAUGGCGAUCUAAAUUCUGCAGAAAUAAACCGCAAAACCUAUAGGGAGAUGUUAUAAAUGAUUAUUCAUUCCUGCUCGAAGUAUACUGUGUGGGUCUGUUUUCAGCCCUCAGCCCUCACCGCCACAUUUUAUUCUUGCCUACAUAAACAAAGCUUUCCCUCCGUGCAGCAGCACAGUGACCAAAUAUGGUGAGGAAAUGACAAAUGCCCUCUUUCCAUUCAUAAAACUGAGCCCUACUACCAAGUCUUCCCAACAUGCAUGCAAACACUUGGAAGUACCUCCCUCGUUUUUAUUUAGAAGCCUUUUUAAUCUUGCUGUGAUAAAGAUCCACCUAGGCCCACUUCUCACACACUGUUUGUCAUUGACUGGGGCAGCUUGUCAUCAGACCUUCGUCAGAGGAUAAGGGGUAUUACAAGCUUUGAAAGGUUUGACGUAACUCGGCCUAGGCCAGAGUUAAUUUCCAGUUGUAUACUUUGAUGUAUGCAGCCGAUGAUAAAUGAACACCCAGUGUGAUAAAUCAGAAAUUUUUUUGUGUGCCUAGCUGAGUUGCUAACCUUAAGGCAGCGGUUCCCCUCUGCUGUGUCUGCUGAAUUAACUAUGCAGGCUUAAAGUGAAUCGAGCUGUUUGUAUUCUCAAUUUGCAGCCGAAAUAUUCCCGGCACUUGCGCGUACUCCUCUUAAAAAAAAAUGCAGGGGUCUAUCUGUAGUCACGCAGUUUGUUUAAGGUAGUGUCGUUUUAUGAUGCUGUGAAUGUAUUCCUCCGUGAUUUAUUGAGUUACUGAGAGAGACCAGGCGCAGUGAGCGGUGCCAACCCAGAGACACUCAGGGAGACAGAGAUGAUCAGAUCAGCAAUAGCUCCCAUAUGCCAAAGUAUUUCUUUCGAGUGUGGUUAUGAUCCCGAGAUUCCCAGGCUUCGGCUGGCUGUUAAACCCGUUUAAGCUGACACUGUGCCCUGAGCUGCAGAUUUGUCUAGAGUGUAGCUGCUCUCACAAGACGACCUGGUUACCUAUAUAUGGUACCUGUGUGUACUGUGUAUCACUUCCUGUCAGCCACCCUCGCCUUCUGUCAGUGUCCGCUAUGGAAAAGUUAAUACAGUCCGACUUGAGUAGGGAGGUAAACAGUUGUCAUCACACCUGUUUCAUUUCAUUAUGCCCAUGCAUUUCAUUCCAGAAACUAAGGUAACAGGACAGACUACCAUAAUUCUCCCAGGUAAUGCGUUAUUCUCUAUAUUGCCUUCAGGAAGAGCUGGCCAGUUGUGCCAGCCAUGGGACAGUUUCAUUUGUUCUCUCAGGUAUCGGAAAAACCCUUGUGCAAUGUACAUACAGAACAACUUCCUAUUUUUCUCCAGCCAAGAUGGCUUUGAUUGGACUGGAAGUAUGUAGUCACUGUUUAAGUCAUUUCAAUCAGUUUCAUAUAAUUCAUCAUAAUUUCAAAGCCACCUCAGGGAGUGCAGUUUGGGCAUACAAGCCAAGGCUUCCACUUUGAAGUCUCACGAUAUGGUUUGAAUGUCCCCCCCCACCCCCUCAAGUAUUCAGUGUUUGUAAUCAUCUUGAUCUGAACUGAUAUGCACGACCGAAUUUCUGUCACAUGGCAUUUUGACAUACCUGUUCUGUCAAUCUCCGACACUGCCACAGUAGACAGUCAGUCUGCAUUUGAAUUCCUCUAACCACACAAUGUCAACUGUGUUUCAUUUCUUUCUGCUUGUUGUUUUAUUCACUACAUAUUCUUCAUGUUUGUUGUUGAUCUGAUAUACUUGUUGUUAAGUACAUAAAAUCUAUCUAUCUCUCUCUCUGUCUUUUUUCCGUAUCAUCCCAUCCGUGUGGGUGAUUGUUCCUGCAAAUCCUUGGUGGUCAAUAGAGACUUUUGGUAUGAUAUUUCUUCCAAAAGAUGACCAAAAUGGCAGAACGGCAUUGGUCACACUGUGAUAACUUGCUAGAUAUGCUUGCUAGUUUAUUGUGUGCUUUGAUAAUAAAUCAAUGUUUUUGUCAUCCACAUUCUGUCAUUCUGGAUAUCUGCUGUCUGCUGUGUUUCCCAUGUAAUGUUGGUUUGUCCUUGGCUAUCAUUUUAAUGCUGUUGAAAGAGUUUCUAGCCAAAGCCAAAGAAGACUUCUUACGGAAAUGGGAAUGUCCACCACAGAGCACAACGUGCCUAGAUGACUUUGACAGAUUAAAGACCCUGGGCACCGGCUCAUUUGGAAGAGUCAUGCUGGUGAAACAUAAAGGAACAGAGCAAUAUUUUGCCAUGAAAAUACUGGACAAGCAAAAGGUGGUGAAACUCAAGCAGAUAGAACACACAUUAAACGAGAAGAGAAUAUUACAGGCUGUGAGCUUCCCCUUCCUUGUCAAACUUGAAUAUUCAUUCAAGGACAACUCCAAUUUGUACAUGGUGAUGGAGUAUGUUCCAGGGGGAGAAAUGUUCUCACAUCUAAGACGAAUUGGAAGGUUCAGUGAACCACACGCACGGUUUUACGCCGCCCAGAUAGUGCUGACAUUUGAGUACCUCCAUUCACUAGAUCUCAUAUACAGAGAUCUGAAACCUGAGAACCUUCUCAUCGACCAUCACGGCUACAUUCAGGUGACAGACUUUGGAUUUGCCAAGCGGGUAAAAGGCAGGACCUGGACGUUGUGCGGGACACCGGAGUACCUGGCACCAGAAAUCAUUCUCAGCAAAGGCUAUAACAAAGCUGUGGACUGGUGGGCUCUUGGAGUCCUCAUCUAUGAAAUGGCAGCUGGCUACCCUCCAUUCUUUGCAGAUCAACCUAUUCAGAUCUACGAGAAGAUUGUGUCUGGAAAGGUACGAUUCCCCUCCCACUUCAGCUCCGACUUGAAAGAUCUGUUGAGAAACCUGCUGCAGGUGGACCUCACCAAACGUUAUGGCAACCUGAAGAACGGAGUCAACGACAUCAAGGGCCACAAGUGGUUCGCCACAACAGACUGGAUCGCAAUCUACGAGAGGAAGGUUGAAGCCCCAUUCAUACCAAAGUGCAGAGGCCCCGGGGACACCAGCAACUUUGACGACUACGAGGAGGAGGAGAUCCGCGUUUCCUUAACGGAAAAAUGCGCAAAGGAGUUUGCAGAGUUUUAGGAUGCGAGAACAUGGAUAUAUCAGGGCUAAAACACAUGAAAUAAGGGGAUCUUUGCACUCUUCUAAAGACUUGGGAUGGAGCAGAGACCAUCAUUUUUCAGAUCUACUACAUAGUCCCUUCAUUCCACAAGGCUGAAUGAGGUCGCCAUGAUCCUUGGGUGCCGAUAACCUCUCACUGUCACAUACACCUGCGUAUUAUAGCAGACACAUCACUUUUUAUUUAUUUUUAUUUUUUUUUUUUUACUUACCCACUUCUUUUUUAUAGUCUUGGAUGUUGUGCUCCCCCUUUAAAAUGUGAUUUUUUUUUUCUUUUCAGUUUCUGAGGAAAAACUGAGACAAUGGCCAAUAUUAGUCCACACUUUGUAACUGAUAUGUCUGUGGCGGUAUGACACACAGUUGUGUGGGUUGUAGGAUAUUGCCUCUAGUCGUCAACGGUGUAUAUUUAUGGUCUGUUACAGGUCCACAUUACAUUGGCUAUUGUAAAGUUUUGGCCGGCUUUCAGAAGUAGUACUUGUCCUCUGUGCAUAUCUGUCAAUUUGUAAGACAUUUGAACACAAUGAGUGUUUCAAGCAUGACCAAAUAGAAAACAUUGGGUGACACAAGAAGAGAGGUUCUUUCCUUUCUUUGCUUUUGCCUUAGAGAGCCAAGUCCUCAGACUCCACAAGACAUCCAUUCACUGUCGUCUUGGUAUUCUGAUCCAGUCACAGCAAGCCCUCGCAGAAAAUGACAAACCUUGUUACAGUAGUAAAAUGCAAAUCUAGUUGUUUGUUUGAUCCAUUUGGAUCUGUUAGUUACAUGUAAAAUUUGUCAUUUUGGUAUCUCAGUAUUUUUUUUUAUUUAUUUUUUUUUGAAUUUUUUUUUUUUUUGUUGCUGUGUCUAACAUUAUAUUCACAUUGUCCCUAGCUUUCAGGUCUGCUGAUAAGGACCCUUUGGUAAGAGUUUGUGGAGCAAUGUGACUCCAGUAAAUGGGAGAGUGAAUUAAAAUCCUUUUUAGGAUUUUUAUAGAGUGUAAUGUAAAGUCGAUCACUUCAAUGUGAAUAUCGUUGUGGCUUUGUGCCUCAGCAUUGUUAGUGAAACCUUAAAAAAAAAAAAAAAGACGUACACAAUUUAUAAUAAUAUAUUGAUGCAAAGAUGUUUUGAAGUCUUCUGUAACAGGAACACAAAACUGCAAAUUUUCCCAUAUUUUCCCCGUUGCCGUCCCUAAACAGUUUUUAUUUCAUUCUUAUCAAAGAAUGUAGAUUUGCAACUUAUAGGUAUGCAUAUUUGAAAAGCUUGAUUUUCCAAGGUACAUUUUUUUUUCCCUCACAAUACACUGGCUGAAAACAAGACCGCUCCUUUGUAUCACAUGUAACCCAAGUUAUUGUUCAGCUCAUUACAUUAUACGUAUAUGCAUUGUUUCAUAUAUGUUUUUAUUUAUACACAUUAGAGAUGCUAAUAAAUUUUAUUUUUAAAAGUGUCAAA